ACACUGCAGUGAAAGACAAGACUGGAGAAUGACAACAUUGGAAUAAUGUACAGCAGUAAGGGGUGUCCAUCAAUAAAUAAAGUAGGAAGUUUUCAGCAGUGGUCUGACAGGAAAGUCUACAGGGAGUCAGAUUUCAGUGCUGGAGCACUGAAUUGCAGUGAGUCACACAGAGAGCCUGAGAGCUGCCUUUGUUCCACUUGUGUCUGAGCGUUGGAGGAGAAACAGCAGGCUCCAGUUUUUAUUAACUUCUUAUUUUCAUAAGCAUAAAACUCAUGGGCACUGAACUUUUUCCUCACUUGAGAUCUUUCAACUGACUUCCAAAAAAUGCUCUCACGGCAUGCCUGGUGGACCUGGGAUUUGCUGCUACUGCUCUUUGGUUUGUUAAUCUAUGAUGGCUCAGCAGCUGAGAUUAUAGAAGAACGAGGCUCAAAAGGACAUCUUGACCUCAUGGAGUUAAUAGGAGUUCCUCUUCCGCCUUCUGUCUAUUUUGUCACCGGCUACGGAGGGUUUCCAGCUUACAGCUUUGGUCCAGAUGCUAACAUCGGUCGAUUGACAAGGGCUAUAAUACCAUCACCUUUCUAUAGAGAUUUCACUAUUGUAGUUACAAUGAAACCAAACAGUGAUCAUGGAGGAGUGCUAUUUGCAAUAACAGAUGCCUUACAGAAGACUAUUUACCUGGGAAUGAGACUUUCACCAGUUGAUGACAGCACCCAGAGAAUAAUUAUGUACUACACAGAGCCCAGUUCCCAGAUCUCCCGAGAGGCUGCUUCAUUUAAAGUGCCAGUGAUGACUAACAGGUGGAAUAGGUUUACAGCGACUGUUCAGGGAAAUGAUGUCGCUUUGUUCAUGGACUGUGAAGAAUAUCAGAGAGUUCAGUUUCAAAGAUCAGGACAAGCCUUGGUAUUUGAAUCUGGCUCUGGGAUAUUUGUUGGUAAUGCAGGAGCCACAGGAUUGGAAAAGUUCACAGGCUCAAUUCAACAUCUGACAAUCAAAUCUGACCCAAGGGCUGCUGAAGAUCAUUGUGAAGAUGAUGAUUCUUAUGUUUCAGGGGACAACAGUGGCAAUGGCAGCAUUCAAGACCAUGAAGGUAUUUCUGAAACACAAGAAGUCCUUGCACCUUCUUAUCUUCCCAUAAGGCCAGGAGAUACAUUGGCUGAGCCUGUGGAAGCCCCCGCAGCUGUGCUGUCUUAUUUGGAAGAAAAUGAUUCCUCUGGAAAUCACAGAUCAGAAGAAACCUCUGAAGGAGCUAAACCUAAAGAACAAGAAUCAGCUGUCAUGAAAACUGAACAAAGCAACAGGGAGUCUACCACUGUUGUACAGACAAUCUCAAGAGAAGAAGAUGGCUCUGGUGCUACUGUUUUGCCAGGAGUAAGCAGAGAGGAGGGCCAGAAAGGUCAAGAAGGAGAGGAUGAGCCGACAGGAUCUCCAAGAAUGCCAGAAGUGGAAGACACACAGAAAAAAGACCAAGGACCUCCUGGACCUCCAGGGAAACUUGGACAACAUGGUCAGCCUGGUGUUCCUGGCAAAAAUGGGUUACCUGGUAAAGAUGGACCUCAGGGGUUGCCAGGACUGAAAGGAAAAGCAGGCCUAAAAGGUGUAAAGGGUGAUCCCGGUGAGGGAUUGCCAGGACCCCCUGGACUACCAGGACCUGGAGGACCAUCUGCUCCUUCCCGAGGAUUAAAUAGACCAGAACCUGAAGAAUCGGGUUCUGGAGACAUUGAUGGAGAGACUGAGAUUUUAAGAGGUCUUCCUGGGCCACCAGGCCUUCCAGGACUGCCCGGAAAGCCAGCACCUGAUUCAGGUGUAGGACCUCCUGGAUCACCAGGGGAAGAUGGAGCUUCUGGUGAACAAGGCCCUGAAGGUCCUCAGGGUCCUCCUGGUCUUGAUGGAGUGGUUGGUCCACCAGGACGGAAGGGAGAAAAGGGUGAUCGAGGUCUUCCCGGUACUGUUGGUCCAAGGGGUGAUCCUGGAGUCACUGGAUCAAGAGGCCCCAAAGGAGAAGCUGGUGCUGUUGGGUCUCCUGGGAAACCUGGACCAACAGGACCUCCUGGCUCCCCUGGGCCACCUGGGCCUCCUGGACCCCCAGGACUAAGCUACAGUCUGGGAUUUGAGGACAUGGAAGGAUCAGGUAGCAUUGGCCUGUUAAGUGAAUCCAGAGUUCCAGGAUCAAGACGGUCAAAGGGAUCUGCAGAAAGACAGGGACAGCGUGGGCCAUUAGGACCAAAGGGUCCAAAGGGGGAGAAGGGUGACCAAGGACCUCAGGGUGAACCAGGGCAGGAUGGGAACAGUAUUGUGGGACCACCUGGACCCCCAGGACCACCAGGACCAAUCAUAGCAAUACCUGAGCUGCUGCUCAAUAAUACAGAUGGCAAUUUUAACUUUACUGGAAUUAAAGGACUUCUUGGGCCUCCAGGGCUAGAUGGCAAGCCAGGUCUACCAGGAUUUCCUGGCCCUCGGGGACCAAAGGGUGAUACUGGUUUGCCUGGAUUACAAGGACCCAAGGGACAACAGGGUGAAAAGGGAGAACCGGGAGCUAUUAUAUCUGCUGAUGGAUCUUUAACUGAAUUAUUAGGAAGAAAGGGGGAGAAGGGUGAAGCUGGAGCAGUGGGCCCAGUGGGACCAAUGGGACCAAUAGGACCUACUGGACCUAAAGGAGGACUUGGUUUCCCAGGACGCCCAGGCCGUCCAGGACUGAACGGACUGAGAGGUGUGAAAGGUGAUAGAGGCGAACCAUUUAAUGGCCUUCCUGGCUUGCCUGGACCCCCAGGGCCCCCUGGACCUCCAGGACGUAUAGUUUAUAUCAAAGGAACGGUUUUCCCAGUCUCUCCCAGACCUCAUUGCAAAAUGCCAGUGAGCACUCCUUGCCCUGGAAAUCAAGGCACUCUUAGUGUCCAUGGUGCUAAAGCAAACAGAGGUUCCUGGGGGCUUCACAGUUCAGCAGACUUAAAAGGAGAAAAGGGAGACAGAGGUGCUCCAGGACCACCAGGUUCACCUCUGCCUCCAUCAUAUUUCAGCCACUUGAUUAAUAGCAUAAAGGGUGAAAAAGGAGAGAAUGGAGUGAGUGGUGUAAAAGGAGAAAAAGGAGAACCAAAUGGAGGGUUUUUUCUGACAGGACCUCCUGGACCGGCUGGAAGACCAGGAUUAGUUGGACCAAAAGGGGAUUCAGUUGUCGGACCCAGAGGACCUCCAGGGUUACCUGGCCUCCCUGGCUUACCAGGUUAUGGAAAAAUUGGACCUCCUGGCCCACCUGGCCCACCAGGUCCACCAGGACCCACUGCAAUUUAUGGCUCAGCAGCUGCAAUGCCUGGGCCACCAGGUCCUCCUGGAGAGCCAGGGCCACCUGCAACCAGGAAUCUGGUUACGACAUUUCAAAACAUUGAGGGUAUGCUGGAAAAUGUUCACUUGGUAGCAGAAGGUACGCUAAUCUAUCUGAGUGAAACCAGUGAGGUUUUUAUCCGUAUUCGAAAUGGAUGGAGAAAAUUGCAGCUUGGUGAGCUAAUUCUUGUCCCUGCUGACAGCCUUCCUCCUCCAGCUAUAUCAAGCCAUUCUCUUCCAGCAUUGAGUCCAAUAUCAAAUAUGAACAAUGGAAAACCAGCACUGCAUCUGGUGGCUUUAAACUUACCAUUUUCCGGUGACGUACGAGCAGAUUUUCAGUGUUUUCAACAGGCCCAACUAGCAGGUUUGACAUCUACCUAUAGAGCCUUCCUCUCAUCACAUUUGCAAGAUCUGGCCACAAUUGUCAGAAAAACAGACCGAUACCAUUUACCAAUAGUCAAUCUUAAGGGAGAAACACUUUUCAAUAACUGGGAAUCUAUAUUUAAUGGAAAUGGUGGUCAGUUCAACAUUCAUGUUCCAAUAUACUCCUUUGAUGGAAGGAACGUCAUGACCGAUCCAGCUUGGCCUCAAAAAAUAAUAUGGCAUGGUUCAACUGCAAAUGGGAUCCGACUGGUUAGCAGCUACUGCGAAGCCUGGCACACAGCUGAUAUGAGAGAACUGGGACAAGCAUCACAACUGAAGACGGGGAAACUUCUUGAUCAGAAAGUAUAUAGCUGUAGUAAUCAGUUUAUUGUUCUCUGUAUUGAAAACAGUUUUGUAUCUGAACCCCAAGGAAAAUAAUUCACCUGUUGCACACAGGAAUAUUCUAUUUUACAUCAGAAAAAAAGCUGACACUGAAAUUUCAUUUGUAAUUAUGUAAAUAUUUUAAUUUUUUAAUUGCACAUUUCAGGAAAAAAUAGCCAAAGAAAACAUACCUCAACACAAACAGCAUUCCAGUUAAGUGGAACACCCAGUGCACACAUGGCUGACUUAAAGACCUUCCUCCCACUUGAAUUUCCUUCCUUCCCCUUCAACCACACAUGGUUCAAAGUUUGGCAACAAUUAACCCACAGCUCCUUGUCUUUCUGGCUGAGCUGAAGAUCGCUUAGGGGCUAGAGUCUAGCAUGGUCCAUGAGGAAGAUCCAGUAGCCUGUCUCAUGAGCAGUAUGGUUCAGUAGGGCUACCACUUCUUUCACGCUGAGAAGCUGCGUGCUCUAUGCUCUUCUUUUCACUUGCAUAGAUUUUUGAGUACCCAAGGCAUUAUUCAUAUAUGUGUAUAUAUACAUACUGUCCCUGAGCAAAUAAUGGGAGGCUGUUACAUCUUACAGGGCUGGAAUUUAAAAUUAAAAUAAUAAUAAUAAUUUUUAAAAAGUUUUAAGGACACAGGUUCUCGAUUUCUUUCAGUUUCAGUGGAAUCUGUGUACCCUGUAAGCUUGUAUGGAUCACAGCCUGAUGCUUUCUUUGCAGAUUCUAGGCAUAGAGCUUUAUGCAGGAGGAGUGAAUUCCACCUAGACAAAAUCUGGUCUUUAUUUUGGUGCUAUUGUUACCAGAAAACCUGGAGCAAUAUUAAUAGAAAACAUCCUGUUUUACUGGUAGAACUGUGCAAAGUAAAUCCACACAAAUGAACCAUCAGACCUUUAUUUAUUUCAUUGCAUAUCAGAGGAAGUAAUUUCCUGUCAUGGCAGACUGCUGAAUGAAAGUUGCCGGUCAUGAUUUCUUUAAAAUAGGUUCUUGACAGUGUUAUCUCAGUAAGUUAUAUGCAAAGUGAUCUUCCUUUUUGUGAAUUUACCCUUCUGACUUUCACAUCAUUAAAGAAUUAUCAAUUUAAAAUAAUAGCAGCAAUGACAGAAAUGAUCAGUAAAUGCUAAUAUUCUUCAUGAGCAGUAUCACCAUAACAUCUGAAGUCUUUUGCCUAUAUGUUUGUCUACUGCAUGCUUUAAAUAAUAUAUUCACUUAUAUUUUAUCAGCCAGUAACUAUGGAGGUCAAACUCCACAUUUUCAUUUUUUAAGACUUAAUCUAGAGUCGAUGUUGGAAAUAAAUGUUCAUUUGCUGACAAAUGGAGUGUUAAAUUACUAGAUAGCCACCUUCAAAAGACAAAAGCAAAUAAUACUAUACUGAACUGAUAUAAUUAUAUAACAUGAUUUUGUGAAACACAGCUUUAUUUUUCCAAUUUACUAUAAAAGCCUAUUUCCCAGGUU